UUUUCUCUUCUUUAUUCAAACAUAAGAAUCCACUCCUAUUUAAAAAACGAUGAACCUCUAUCCGCGUCGAUCAAAAGCUAGAAACCAGAAAUGAGCACUAAAAGUAAUCGAAAAGAGAGCAAAUUCGUGCGAUACAUGAAAGGGCCCGCCAAAAUCCUGGCCCGUGCCCGAGAUUUCUACAUCCGGAGCAUGACCAACUGCGCCGGCCACGCCGCCGUCGGCGUCCCCAACCUCCACUUCCAAAGCCUCCCGAGAAGCUUCAGCGCCAACUCAGAUUACAGUUCCAGAGACGACGAUUUUCGGGAGCUUACGAGGAUCGCUUCCACUCGCGCCAAGGCAAAGGCGGACCUCCUCCGCGGAACCAGCUCGUCGCCAACGGGCGCAGGCCGCGUGCCAGCCGUUGCUCGCAGCCGGACGGUUACCAUCGGCAGGAUUGACGAAGAUAAGCCUUAUGAAUUUGACAGCCACGGCCCUACGCUGAGGAGCAAAAGUUAUGCACCUUCAAGAAGUCGAAUGGUGUGAAUUUAUUAAUCCGAUUCUUCUACUUCAAAUAUUGUUUUGCAACUGAUCUUUUGUUUUAAACAUCAUCACUGUGUAUCCAUUUAAUGCUAUGUAUUGAUGAGACAUUUUCUAUUACAGGGUAGUGUAAUCUAUAAUUGCUUCUUUUUUUA